AUGUCUCUGUCUCUGCCUCUGCCUCCUCGUUGUUUACAAAUUCCAACACUUGCUGCAAUAACUCCAUCAAGCAGAAAGCAAAAAUUCUUGCACAUUCCACGACAAUGGACAUCAUCAAGACCACUUCAACACAUACAGACAAAUCACCAGUAUUUAUCAAGAACGUCCUUUCAAUGCAUGUCGCAAAGCCAACAACAAGAGUAUGAAGUUGAAAGGCUGUUCUCUAACCUUAACCAAGCCACGCUGAAGAGAGAACCUGGAAGUUUAUCUAGUGCAAUUUUUCUGGUAGCUGGCACUACGGUAGGUGCUGGGAUUCUGGCAAUUCCUGCUGUGACACAAGAAUCUGGAUUUUUGGCCUCUUCUGUUGCUUGCAUUCUUUGCUGGAUCUUUAUGGUUACUACUGGAUUGCUCAUUGCUGAAGUAAAUGUGAACACUAUGUGUGAAUUGGGUUCAGGUGGUGUCUCAUUGGUGUCAAUGGCCAAGAGAACUCUUGGGGCGGCAGGAGUUCAAUUUUCUUGUUGGUCAUACAUAUUCAUCCAUUAUGCCCUUCUAAUUGCGUAUGUGGCACGUUCUUCAGAUAUUUUGUCAAACUUUCUCGGCAUACCAUUGUUGCAUUGUGCUUGCAGAUGGGAAAGUGCAACCUUGUUCUCUUUAGUAUUUGGAGGCAUAUGCUACUUUGGAAGUCAGCGCUUAAUUGGUGCUGUCAGCGGAGUUCUAGUAUCUGGAAUCAUCAUUUCUUUUACAUCUCUUGUGGUGGCUGCAAGUGGAGACCUGCAUUUAGAUGCUCUUUCGAAAGCCAACUUUGCAGCUGUUCCUAUGAGUAUACCCAUUAUUGCACUUUCAUUUGUUUAUCAGAAUGUAGUACCUGUUCUUUGCACAAAUCUUGAAGGAAACCUUUCAAAAGUAAGGACUGCCAUUGUUCUAGGCACAGCUAUUCCCCUUGGUUUGUUUCUUGUAUGGGAUGGUGUUAUUCUUGGAUCCAUUCCUGAGAUGGCUGAAAAGAUUGCUGAUCCAUUACAACAGUUGCGAUCCAGCAAUGGAGUUGUUGGAGUAAGUGCUUCCAAAAAUUUGCUAAUCUCUUAA